UGAAAAUUGAAAAUUGAAACGCUCCUUUUUCCGCCAUAGAGAGAAAGAGACAAUGGAGGAGAAACAGAAAAGUCUCAGUCCUCCGCCGUGUCCUUCCACUGUAACAGUGCGACGGAAUCCUCCGAGGAGAGCUAGAGCAACGCCGUUUACUACUACAACUAAGCCACCUCUCUCCUCUUUAGCCUGCGCGAAACCCCACGACGUUCCUACUUUUCCGAUCGACGAGAUUCUCUCUAUCCAAAUCCCACAAUCCGAACCAAAACCAGCGAUUGCAGAGAGUUUGAAGAUUUUCCUGAGAAUCAAACCAUUGAGAACUUUCACCAAGGUUACGACCACCACGAAGAGCAGACCUAGAAAUGUGUGGCCACAGAAUCCUUCGAAGAAGAACAACGCGAAAGAGAAUAGAAAUCCGGAGAUUACGAAGAAGGUUAGGAAGAAGGACGAAGAAGCUUGUAUUACUCUCAACGAUUCUUAUUCAGUUACGUUAACUCCGCCUCAAUCGUUGCAAGAGCUGAAACGAAGUAAGACUGAGGUAUACGAAGGGUUUUCUCAUGUUUUCCCGGCGGAUUGUUCUCAGAACGAUGUGUAUGAUAAAAUGGUUCAACCUUUGUUGGAGGAUUUCAUGAAAGGGAAAAGUGGAAUGUUGGCGGCGUUGGGACCUAGCGGCUCGGGGAAGACUCAUACGGUCUUUGGAAGUUUGAAGGAUCCUGGAAUUGUGCCAAUUACACUCCGUCAAAUUUUCAAAAAGAACGAUGAGAGUUGUUCUGGAUCUUUGAGGUCAUUUAACUUGUCGAUAUUUGAAAUAUGUUCUGAACGAGGGAAAGGGGAGAAAGCAUAUGAUUUGCUAGGUGGUGAAAGCUCUGAAUUGUCUGUUCAGCAAUCAACCAUCAGGGGUUUGAAAGAGGUUCCAAUCCAGAAUCUGGAAGAAGCAGAGUCUUUAAUUGGACAGGCAAUGCUGAAACGUGCAACGGCUACAACAAACUCCAACAGCCAAUCAAGUCGCUCACAAUGCAUCAUCAACAUACGAGCAUCAUGCAAUGGCUUUUCCAACGAAACAAAAUUGCAGUCUAGUGAUGCUAUGCUGACAAUAGUGGACCUGGCGGGAGCAGAAAGAGAGAAAAGAACAGGAAAUCAGGGAGAAAGGUUGGUUGAGAGUAAUUUCAUCAAUAAUACAUCCAUGGUUUUCGGUCAAUGUUUACGGUCACUGUUGGAGUACCAGAAGAACCGAAAGAAGGGAUUGCAGAAACAUCAUCAAAAUUCUUUGUUAACAAGGUACUUGCGAGAUUACCUAGAGGGGAAAAAGAGGAUGGCUUUGAUUUUAACUGUCAAAGCAGGGGAAGAGGAUUAUCUUGAUACCUCCUAUCUUUUGAGACAAGCAUCACCGUAUAUGAAAAUCAAAUUUGAUAACACUGAGGAACCUUGCAACAAGAGACAGCUCAAGACAUUUCCAAGAGCUGAAAAAAACAAGAAGAUUAAACUUAGUGCUCCCAAGACUUCCCAAAUUGAAGAAAAUUUUCAAGGCGAGAGAUGCCAAAUUUCUCAGGAAGUGAAUUUGCAGGGAAAGAAGGCUGAUCCAACAGACAGAUCAUCUCCGAGGCUGGAACAUGUUGCCCAGGAUAAAAAUGAGCGAGAGCACAUCAUUAUGCGGAAUUUCUCUAAAGUCUUAUGGAAUGUUUUGAAGCAGUGCAACGAGAAACUAAAAGUUGCUGAAGGUGAAAUUUUCACUCUCAAGGAUAGCCUUCGAAGAGAACAGCUAAAAUCUCUUGGAUUGGAGACAGAGUUGAUCAGUCUCAAGUCCUCUUGUCUGGCACAGCCAUGUAUACCUGAGGUAGAAGUCAUUGUAAAUGCAAAAGAACACUUUGAGGUUGACGCGGCUUUGACUAAUGAAAGGAAUGUCGAUGACGAUUCUUGCAAUCUUAUAAAGGCCAGAAGAGAAGCUGGAGCAGAAGAAUCCAGCGAGACUCCUGUGCCUAAAGUGGUAAGGAAUGUCGAUGAUGAUUCUUGCAACCUUAUCAAGGCAAGAAGAGAAGCUGGAGCAGAAGAAUCCAGCGAGUCUCCUGUGCUUAGUGUGCUAAGGAAUGUCGAUGAUGAUUCUUGCAACCUUAUCGAGGCAAGAAGAGAAGCUGGCUCAGAAGAAUCCAGCAAGUCUCCUGUCCCUAAUGUGGUAAGAAAUGUCGAUGUUGAUUCUUGCAACCUUAUCAAUCCCAGAAGAGAAGCCAGCACAGAAGAAUCCAGCGAGUCUCCUGUGCUAAGCAAAAAUGUGAAAGAUGCUGAACUUGUUCCAUGUCACUUGUCUUCUGAGAAUGAUGCAGAGCCAAGACAAUCUGUUAAUUCUGAAGAAAAUGUGGGGAUUCCUUCUACGAUUACUCAUGUUGAAGCUGAAGUUACCGACUUUCAAAGAGAUCAGGCCAUCCAGAAUCAAGAUGAUCCAACACCUUCACCAGAACAAGUUGAAGUUAGUCAAGAUUGCAUCAACAGCGGGCUGUCUAACGUUCAAACAAAAUCCGCAAUAUCCCGCAGAUUUCCAGAUUCAGAGAAGCAAGAAAGAAACAGAAGACUGUUGCCAGCGUCAUCCAGGUCGCUAACUGAGGAAAUGAAUGACUUGGAGAUAAAAGAUAUCCAGACUGAGAAACAACAGGUUAAAACCACCAACACUCGUGUUCAAAAGAAAGCAGUAUCAAUCCAAGGUCAGGAAACUGAAGUCCCUCCCCGUGAAGCAGAACCUGCAUCAACUAAGAAACAGAAGAAUGGACAGAAACCAAAAAGGAGACUCCAACCUGCUUCUUCUGUGUUAUUAACAAGAGAAAUAAACACCUUGGAGAUAGAGGAUGAUAUCGCCGAGCCAAAGGUGAACAGAGGUGGAAAGAAGACGACAGUGUCACAACCGAGAAGCCAAGGGAGUGUCACUCUCCUCCGCCUCCUCACAAACAACCUUCAUCUCUAACAUCCAUGAAACAAACUUGCAUUAACAUAUUAUUGUACCUUCUUUUGUCUGUCUUGAGAAAAAUCAAAUCCUGGCUGUAUAUAUUAGCAAAGAAAAACUUAAAUAUUUUCAAGUCAAGCUUUUCUUUAAGCCGCAAUAUGAAAAAUUCUGUAAUUAUAUUUACAUUUGUGGAAUCGUUUCAAGCCACAUUCACUUGUCAAAGAUGGUCAAAUCCUCCCAAGUCGUAAGUCCUAACACAUACAUGUUCAUAGUUAUACAAGUUAUGUUUGCAACGAGGGGGAGACUACAGAGACGUAGCUCCACGACUCACAUUGACUGUAUGGUUUUGGU